AUGCUCAUCUUUGGCCCGUGCCACCGUCCGCGUGCAGGAUAUCCCGGCAGUCGCGUGGUGGGCGCCGUGACGAACGGCGUAUUCUUGGGUCGUAUCGCGCUCUCCGCGGCUGAUGGCACCGAGGAGCAUUUCCACGUGGAGAGCGCCAGCCGCUACCUGGGACCUGAGCGCGACCCCCGAAUCCACUCGAUCAUCUACUCAGCGCGCGACGUUAUGCCGUCGGGCGGUCGGUGUGGCCUCUACGGUGCCACUCAGGCCUUCCUGAGCCAAUUACGGAAUAAGCACCGCAAGGCUCCUGAGAAGCAUCGCCAAGAUGGAAAAGUGCGCAGAAAGCGUUCCUUCUCCGAAUCGGCUGCGACGGCCUACUACACGCCUUCGGCCCCAGCCACGCCCACCGAAGUUUGGAAACCGUCCUCUGUGCCCCUCGGAACGGAGUCUGCUGAACACAGCGCUCGUGAAUUGGCGGAGACGGGCGGCAGCGACCCGAAACGACGAUCGGGCGCCAUCUUCAAGCGAGUCUGCAACGUCGAAGUGGUGGUGGACCACUUGCUGUUCGAAUCUUUCCUGAGCGAAGAAGGCGGCGAGCGAGAGAGAGCGCUCGAAGCCAUCACAGCAAUGGCGGGGACCCACGCGGCUGCCGCCUCGGACAUCUUCAGCAAGACGGACUUCGACGGCAUCACCGGAAUCUCAUUCGAAGUGCAGCGCUUACGGAUCAACGAGUCGAACUCCUGCGAGGGUAGGGCGCGCCACACGAACCCGUUCUGCCGGGAAGACCUGGACGCGGCGUACGUGCUGUUCGAGCUGUCCAAGAUCAACCACGACAAUUUCUGCGCCUCGUACAUAUGGACGUACCGGGACUUCCCAGGCGGAACGCUGGGGCUUGCCUACCUCGCGGAGGCCGGAGUCGAUACGGGAGGCGUCUGCGACAAGUUUCACUUUGGUGCCAACGUGGUUAAGGCACUGACCUACCGUGGAAGCCUAAGCCUCAACACCGGCCUGGUCACCUUCGUCAACAACAACGUGCGCCUCUCGCAGCGGGACACCGAGGUCACCUUUUCCCACGAGCUGGGCCACAACUUUGGAUCACCGCACGACUACCCAGUGGAGUGCACGCCAGGCGGCACUCAGGGGAACUUCCUCAUGUACCCCAGUGCACGCCGUGGAACCGAGCCCAACAAUCUCAAGUUCUCGCCCUGCAGCAUAAGGAACAUGUCGCUCGUCCUGAAGGAGCUCAUCGCUGGAGAGGCGAUCAGUCCCAACUGCUUUCAGGAGCCCCGUGGCCCCUUCUGCGGCAACAAGGUGCGCGAGAAGGGAGAAGAGUGCGACUGCGGCUUCGACAACAGUGAGUGCACCGACCGCUGCUGCUACCCGCGGCAGAGUGGGCCUGACAAGGCCUGCAAGUUGCGACCCGGAGCCAAGUGUAGCCCAAUGAACUCGGCGUGCUGCACCAAGAGCUGUGGCAUCCAAGACACGUCGGUGCUUUGUCGCUUGGAGGACGAUUGUCGCUUCCCGGCGUACUGCGACGGGUACACUGCCACGUGUCCGCUAUCUGCGUGGCGAGCCAACGGCACCAUCUGCAACCACGGCACGCAACUGUGCGAGGCCGGCGAAUGCAGGCACUCGGUGUGCCGUAUGUACGGCCUCGUCGAGUGCUUCCUCACCGGACCGGAUGUUACGCCUAGUGACCGGUGCCUCAUCGCUUGCAAGGAGAGCGAUCCGGGCAGCGAGUGCCGUGAGGCGUGUUCCUUCCGUCGCAUGCGAAGCCUCUGCCACAAGAAGCUUCAGCCUGGCGCCUUGUGCGACGACCUGCACGGCUACUGCGACGUGUUCCAGCAGUGCCGCCACAUCGAUGCCGAAGGUCCGCUCACCAGGCUCCAGUGGCUUGUGUUCGGCAACGCGGGCAUCACGCACGUGCUCGUGCGGCACUGGUACCUGACGGCUUUGGGUGUCGCGCUGAGUGCUGUGGUGACAGUGUCUCUGAUACGCGUCUGCACCGCCUACACUCCCAGCAGCAACCCGCACCUGAAGCCGCACAAGAAGAUCACCGACACCGUCGGUCACCCGCUGGACUUCAUUUCAGACCUCUUACGUCGUCGAUAACAUCGGCGCGCGCGCGCGCGCGCCACCGGGCUGCACAUUGCAGGCGCCACCGGUUGCUUCGCUGGCUGCGGUCCCAGCUUACCUUUGUUUUAUUCAAGAUAACUACAGCUGCCCCCACGUGACCGACUCCGUGAUGCGAUUGCUACCGAUUAUUAAAUAGAAACAAAUCACUGAGUUUACUUACGUUUUUCGCCCACGGAACUGCAUCGUCUUACACGGACUGGACUUACUGUCAGUCAUUUUAGAAGCGACCACAAGGAGCUCCCUCGGGCCACUAAGUCACGAACUAUGGGCACCGCCGUUCGUUGCUUAGUUUGCGACACCCUGGUACCUAGUUCAAUGGACACCAUGCUAAAGGUCCCAACAGAAGGUGUAGUCCGACGUUAUAACGGCGAUCACGUUGUUGGCAAGAGGCGAGAGCCCUUUUCGUGUUCGUCACUUUAACAACUUACGUGAGGCCCACUGCGGCGAUGGCACUGAACUGCAGCAGCUCGUGCGAAUAGGCGUAGCAGAGACUUGCCAGCUCAUUAAACGGAAACUUGCUUCUCUUGUCUUUCUUUUUUGUUUUCUUUCACUCUUUUUCUUGCCAUGGGGAUAGCAGUACUGGACAUAGUUUGUUGUAUGUUUUUGACACCUGUCACUCCGGCGAGCUCGCGACGCCUUUGCUAGCAUUUUAUACUAUAGAUUUGCGGAUGAUCCUGGGGGCACAGACUGACGCUAUACUCUAACGAAGGGGAAAUACUUUGCUAAAAUAUAAUUACAUUAAGAAAAAGAAGCUUUCCAACGGUGAGGCAGGAUUUUGUGUUAAACUCUUUUACAUCCGUUCGCGUUAUACGAAUUGGCUAA